AUGCGUGGUGAGGUAGCCAAGGCUGUCAUCUGCUUCGACAUCGCCUGCCACCUGAUGGGCAGCACAGCAGUGGAGGCGCGCAAGGCAGCCAAGCUGAGCUGCAUGUCUCCACCUGCAUACGCCCAGGCGCGAGCAGCCAUUCAGAACGCUCUAGGCGUCAGGUCGCAGUUGAGCCUACCCCAGUUGGCCCUUCAGUUUGGGUGCAUGCGAGUGCUGGAGUCCACCCAACGCAACCUGCACAUCUUCACCGCGCGCUUCACUGCUGCCCUCCCAGAGGCACGCAGGGGAGGCACUGACUUCUCCCGGCCGGCAUACAUGGCAGCGGCGCUCAUGCUCACUGCCACACGCAACCAACUGAAGAUGGACGCGGACAGGCUGCUUGAAGCCACACGGGUUGGCAAGGAUGAGUUUCAGCAGGUGGUGGCAAGCAUGGAAGCCCACUGUGCAGACCUGUUUGGGUCGUCCCACAGCUGCCCCACACCCAGCAAGGCACAGGAGCACUCUCUGCCACGCCAGCACCCACCAGUCCAGCAGCAACAGCAGCAACAGCAUCAACAGCAGCAACAUCAGCAGCAGCAACCGCAGCAGUGUAACCAGCAACAGCUCAAUGAUAUGCACCAAGCUUUAAGUAGCUCACUCUGUGAAUCACCACUCAGAGCUUCACACGAUGCAGCAAAAGCUGAUGGUGCCCGUGGGGCAGCUGAAAAGGAUGGAUCACUGAUUGUCAGGCACGCCCAGUUGUGCAUGCAUGCUGCUGACGUGGCACACCUGCACCAGCAACGGCAUCACCAGCAGCCGCAGAGCAUUGCAGCUGCUGAUGUGGCAGAGCACCAGCGGAGCACUACCUCAGCUGACGUGGCACCACAGUCACAGGCUCCUGCCAGCAGGAGCAACAACCGCACCAUGCCAUUGCCCCAAGCCAAGCUCACUCUCCUAAAGAGACCCCCAGGCCCUGCAGGCAAGCUGUGUCAGGCGAAGCUGCUCUUUAAACGCGUCAAGACCGCAGCUGCCUAG